UGGGACGCUGCCGCCCAUAGACCUAUACCGUACAUAAAUCCAGGGUUGCAGAGAACCACUAUGCCCGCGUGACGUCACGCAGCACGCUGCGCCCGCCGCGCCGGUAUAAUAAACAAAAUUUAUAUUAUUACAGCCACGAGUCGUGAACCGUCAAAACAUCUUGACUCUUGUUGAAUGUGAAUCCAUUUGACGACGAACGGUGCGGCCGGCUAGUUCCGCGCCUACACGGUGCGGCGUGCUAUCGCAAUUCGCAUUUCUUGGAAUGCCAAACUGAAAAUAUAUUAUGUUGUGUCAAGUUUUUUAAGAAUAUGGUGCAUUUAAAAGGUGUUAUAAAAAUGAUUAUACCUAUAUUACUUUGUGCAUAUGCUAUAGGCUUGACCGAGGAGACUAGUAUUUGUUGUGAAAAAGGAAUUUUACAAGUGGAUACGUAUGAAUGUUUCGAUUCAAUUACCAAUUCUUCAACGCCACUCAAGUUAAGUUGUGUCAACAAGGCUCACAUAAGUGAAGAUGCGGAUUAUUACAUAAAACUUUCGGAGCAAAGUGAUCCAGAAGACCAAUACUGUGCCGCAAACACAACGAGUGAGUCGUCAAAUUUGACGCUUGUGGUGUGCGAACUGGACGAGCCUCUUGUGGAGGAGCAUGUCCUGGGAAUAUGCUUCCUCGUCUCUGUCGCCUUCCUGGUCCCUACGGUACUGGUAUACGGACUACUGCCGGAGAUGAGGGACACACAAGGAAAAAGCAUAACAAAUUUUUGCGCUAAUUUGGCCCUGGCCCUUUUAACCAUGGGUAUUAUAAAAGUACAGGAGUCAUACGCUUCUUUUACAGCUUGUGCUAUUGGAGCGUUUUUCGCGUACUUUUUUUUCCUGACCACUUUUUUCUGGAUGAACGCAAUCGCAAUACAAAUACUUCUCAACUUAAGCCGGCCAACAACGAUGGAUCGCGGGUGGAGGCGGUUCUUGUGGUACGCGCUGUACGCGUACGGCGCGCCGGCCCUGCUCACCGCCAUCACGCUCACCGUCAACUACCACCCCGGGGAUCACCGGAAACCUGAAAUCGGUUUGACCACUUGCUGGUUCAGAGACUCGACUGUGCAAUGGAUCUACAUGUAUAGCUUUAUGGCUAUUAUUGUGGUGAUCAACUUCGCUAUAUUCGGAUACAUAACGUACAUACUGUGGGGCGGAAAAUACAAUUCAACUCAUACGAAAGCAUUGAAAUAUAAGUUAAGAAUGACAUUCCGUUUAGCGGUAAUCAUGGGUCUGCCGUGGAUCUUCGAGAUGAUCAGCUCCCUGACGCCACCCCAUUUUAUAUGGGUGAUCACGGACUUCUACAACGUGCUACAAGGGCCUCUGAUAUUCCUGCUGCUGGUGGUGUUCCGCAAGCGCGUGGUGAAGGCCCUGCACAGGCGCGGCUGGCUGGCCUGCGUGUCGGGGCCGGUUGAGCGGUGGCUGGCCAAGGAAGACGACGACGAAGCGGAGGUCGAGCAUACAACCGCUGACGCUGAGCUCAUGUAACCCAUGACUGAUGGCAGUCAAUUGGCGCGGCGAGCGUUUAUUGGAUGUCGCGCGAUGAAGCUUCCGAAUCCGAGUCGAAUUACGCAUUGUGAAUCAGGGGCCUGGAUUGGCCCGUGAGCAAUAUUUUAACUGCUUAGAGCAGUUGCACGUCUAGGAAGCCACAGUCGACCGAGAAAAAAGUAGCUUGCAGCAUCCGAAAGUUAAGCUUUAACUUAAAAAAUCGCACUUUGCUUCUAGCUAUCGCGGUUCUUGAGAUACAGCGAGCUGGAAACAGAAGGGCGGACUGACAGCGAAGUCUCAGUUAUGUGGUCCGUUUUCACACUUUGGGAACGGAACUAUGAAAAGAUAAAAGUAAAACAUAAAAAGUUUGCGUUAUUGAUAUUUAAAGCUUUUAUUAGGUUUAAUUAUACCCAUACUAAUGCAGCUAAAAUGUGUAAGAUUUUUUUUUUCUGAUUGUUUUAUUUUUAU